AUGUUCAAGCUUAUUCCCAAGUUUAAGAUGACCCGGUCUCAGUUUGAGCUGGCUAAAGUAGGUAAAGAAACUACCAUUUGCAGUCUUCGAAGGAUAACUAACACUCAUAGUUCACAUUCUAUCUGUUAA